UACAACAGGAAACGAUACCACCUCACCCACCACUAAUCCAGUAAAUGCUACAACACCACCCCUAACUACUCAAGGGAACAAUGAAACAGUAAAUGCUACCACUCCACCCAUGACUACGCCAGGGGAUAAUGCAACAGUAAACUUUACCACACCACCCAUGACUACACCGGGGGAUAAUGUAACAGUAAACUUUACCACACCACCCAUGACUACGCCAGGGGAUAAUGUAACAGUAAACUUUACCACACCACCCAUGACUACACCAGGGGAUAAUGUAACAGUAAACUUUACCACACCACCCAUGACUACACCAGGGGAUAAUGCAACAGUUGACUUUACCACACCACCCAUGACUACACCAGGGGAUAAUGUAACAGUAAACUUUACCACACCACCCAUGACUACGCCAGGGGAUAAUGUAACAGUAAACUUUACCACACCACCCAUGACUACACCAGGGGAUAAUGUAACAGUAAACUUUACCACACCACCCAUGACUACACCAGGGGAUAAUGUAACAGUAAACGUUACCACACCACCCAUGACUACACCAGGGGAUAAUGUAACAGUAAACUUUACCACACCACCCAUGACUACGCCAGGGGAUAAUGUAACAGUCAACUUUACCACACCACCCAUGACUACACCGGGGAUAAUGUAACAGUAAACUUUACCACACCACCCAUGACUACACCAGGGGAUAAUGUAACAGUAAACUUUACCACACCACCCAUGACUACACCAGGGGAUAAUGCAACAGUAAACUUUACCACACCACCCAUGACUACGCCAGGGGAUAAUGUAACAGUAAACUUUACCACACCACCCAUGACUACACCAGGGGAUAAUGCAACAGUUGACUUUACCACACCACCCAUGACUACACCAGGGGAUAAUGUAACAGUAAACUUUACCACACCACCCAUGACUACGCCAGGGGAUAAUGUAACAGUAAACUUUACCACACCACCCAUGACUACACCAGGGGAUAAUGUAACAGUAAACUUUACCACACCACCCAUGACUACACCAGGGGAUAAUGUAACAGUAAACUUUACCACACCACCCAUGACUACACCAGGGGAUAAUGUAACAGUAAACUUUACCACACCACCCAUGACUACGCCAGGGGAUAAUGUAACAGUCAACUUUACCACACCACCCAUGACUACACCAGGGGAUAAUGUAACAGUAAACUUUACCACACCACCCAUGACUACACCAGGGGAUAAUGUAACAGUAAACUUUACCACACCACCCAUGACUACGCCAGGGGAUAAUGUAACAGUAAACUUUACCACACCACCCAUGACUAUGCCAGGGGAUAAUGUAACAGUAAACUUUACCACACCACCCAUGACUACGCCAGGGGAUAAUGUAACAGUAAACUUUACCACACCACCCAUGACUACACCAGGGGAUAAUGUAACAGUAAACUUUACCACACCACCCAUGACUACACCGGGGGAUAAUGUAACAGUAAACUUUACCACACCACCCAUUACUACACCAGGGGAUAAUGUAACAGUAAACUUUACCACACCACCCAUGACUACACCAGGGGAUAAUGCAACAGCAAACUUUACCACACCACCCAUGACUACACCAGGGGAUAAUGUAACAGUAAACUUUACCACACCACCCAUGACUACACCAGGGGAUAAUGCAACAGUUGACUUUACCACACCACCCAUGACUACACCAGGGGAUAAUGUAACAGUAAACUUUACCACACCACCCAUGACUACGCCAGGGGAUAAUGUAACAGUAAACUUUACCACACCACCCAUGACUACACCAGGGGAUAAUGUAACAGUAAACUUUACCACACCACCCAUGACUACACCAGGGGAUAAUGUAACAGUAAACUUUACCACACCACCCAUGACUACACCAGGGGAUAAUGUAACAGUAAACUUUACCACACCACCCAUGACUACGCCAGGGGAUAAUGUAACAGUCAACUUUACCACACCACCCAUGACUACACCAGGGGAUAAUGUAACAGUAAACUUUACCACACCACCCAUGACUACACCAGGGGAUAAUGUAACAGUAAACUUUACCACACCACCCAUGACUACGCCAGGGGAUAAUGUAACAGUAAACUUUACCACACCACCCAUGACUAUGCCAGGGGAUAAUGUAACAGUAAACUUUACCACACCACCCAUGACUACGCCAGGGGAUAAUGUAACAGUAAACUUUACCACACCACCCAUGACUACACCAGGGGAUAAUGCAACAGUAAACUUUACCACACCACUCAUGACUACACCAGGGGAUAAUGUAACAGUAAACUUUACCACACCACCCAUGACUACACCGGGGGAUAAUGUAACAGUAAACUUUACCACACCACCCAUUACUACACCAGGGGAUAAUGUAACAGUAAACUUUACCACACCACCCAUGACUACACCAGGGGAUAAUGCAACAGCAAACUUUACCACACCACUCAUGACUACGCCAGGGGACAAUGUAACAGUAAACUUUACCACACCACCCAUGACUACGCCAGGAGAUAAUGCAACAGUAAACUUUACCACACCACUCAUGACUACACCGGGGAUAAUGCAACAGUAAAUUUUACCACACCACCCAUGACUACACCGGGGGAUAAUGCAACAGUAAACUUUACCACACCACUCAUGACUACACCAGGGGAUAAUGCAACAGUAAACUUUACCACACCACCCAUGACUACACCGGGGGAUAAUGCAACAGUAAACUUUACCACACCACCCAUGACUACACCAGGGGACAAUGUAACAGUAAACUUUACCACACCACCCAUGACUACACCGGGGAUAAUGCAACAGUA